CAAAAUUUGGGAAUUGGUCUCGAUUGCAUUAAUCUGCCAAUUCUCAAUUGGAUUGUUCUCGUCUCAACUUUCGGCUUCUACUUCUCGACCUAGGAUGACAAUCCCUUACCACUAGCCGAGCGAUGAAGCGGAAAGCUCCCGACGAAGGGGACGGCUUGUCCGGACCGCCCAAACGUCAACAACUCUCCCUGCCGUCAACACAAGCAGCAGACGAGCACAUCACCACCCCCCUAGAAUCCACAACUAACACGUCGACUCAGUUUUCCGCCGACGACGACGACGACGAUGAUAACGAGACGAUUGUAACUACUCAGGCCCAAGACGCUCUGACCCCAGCCGCAACCUCAAUUACCUCCUCACCCUCGAAAUCAAACCACAAAGCCCGCCGAAAAUUCCCCUCGGACCUCAAGACAAUAAAAUGCACCUACCCGGGUUGCCCAAAGACCUUCAACCGCCCGGCCCGCCUGACGGCCCACCUGCGGUCGCACACCAACGACCGGCCGCACAAGUGCCCGUAUCCGGACUGCGGCAAGACGUACCUUGAGGAGAAGCACCUGGCGCAGCACAUCAAGGGGUCGCACACGCACGAGAAGCGGUACGCGUGCGCGGAACCCGGCUGCGGGCGGGCCUUUGUGACGGCCACGCGCCUGCGCCGCCACGCCGCCGUGCACGAAGGCAAGGAGCGCUUCCGCUGCCGCGGGUACGAGCCCUGCGACCUGAGCUUCCGCAAGCACCAGACCCUGCAGCGCCACGUCAGGACGGUGCAUCUUGGCCUGCCGGCGUUUGUUUGUACCAGUACUGCUACAACUACUACUCCGUUGGUGGCGAACAGUAGCAAGAACAAUAAUGCGGCGGGGCAAGGUGCUGGUGGGGAGUGUGGCAAGGGCUUCGAUACCGCUGCUGCUUUGAGGCGGCAUGUGGAGAAGGAACACGGCGAGUUGAAGUUUUGGUGUGAGGAGUGUGCGAAGGGAGGAGAAGGUAAUGGGGACGCAGAGGAGGAGGACGGUGAUGGCGGCGGGAGGAGGGUCGGGUUCACGACGCUGCUGCUGCUCCAGGCGCAUAUGCGCAAGGAGCACAUCAACUGCAUGUUUUGCGACGUCAAAUGCGCCGGGCCGGCGGAUCUCGAGCGGCAUGUGGAUAUGUACCACUCCGGGACCACGGUCGAGGACCGCAAGACAAUCCAGUGUAAUUGGGAGGGCUGCGGCAAGAAAUUUACACGCGUGGGCAACCUCAACACGCAUAUCCGCACGGCGCACGAGGGGCUACGGUUUAUCUGUGGCCAGGUUGAUACCUCCGAGACGGAGGACAUUGCCGACUGGAAUUGGACCGAGGAGGGCUGCGGCGACGGUUUUGUCAGCAGGCUGAAGCUGGAGGAGCACGUCCGGUACGUGCAUCUUGGCAGGAAGCGGCCGCCCAAGUUGUACACGGUGCAGUCGGCGCGGCCGGGUGAGGCGGACGAUAUGUCUGCCGCCGUGCCGACUCGGACUAUCGCCUGCUCAGUCGAGGGCUGCGCGGCCCGGUUUAUCCGCCAUCACGACCUCGACAAGCAUCUGCGGAACAACCAUUACAGCGUCCAUGAGGAACAGCAGCCCGCCAUUGACCCGCGGCUGCAGCAGCCAGUCGAGGCGGUGCAGGGUGAUGAACCAUUCUGGAUUGAGUCGGCACCACCUGUUGUUGACCCACAAGCUGACUUCGACGCCGAGUGGGCGGAGAUGCGAAGACUAAUCGACCUCGAAGCGCUGGGCGAAUAAAGAUGGAUACCUUGGACCCUGUUUGACUUGUAUGAUUACUAUAUUGCAACAGCAUUGAUACCCGGAGCUAUUUACCCCCAUUUGCUUGAACGAACAUGGUAUCAUGGAGGAGGCAUUAAAAGCAUCAAAACUAGCCACAUUAGCAUAGAGCGCCAGACAAGGCCAAACCAAUAUAACUGGAGCAGGAGCCUGACUUCAGUUAC